UCACUCCUCUCUCCGCUGCUUCCAUCGUGCAGUGCACCUACCUGCUCCUUUCUUCCGUGUUAAAAAAAAGGAAUUUAAUUAUUUGGCGAAAAAGAAAAUCCGGCGAUUCCUUGAAGAAGGGGUCGGGGAGAGAACAAAUGGGCGAGGCGCCCACGGUUUCGACAUUUGACUCGCCUCUCGUCGCUCCCGCGCACCGUCGUCUGGGCGCGAUCGCAGGCCAUCUGAGAGAUUCCCCUCCUCCGCCUCGUCUUCCCGCCGAUCGCCGUCGUCGUUCCACCUCCUCCGUCGAAAUGGCUGCUGCUUCCGGUUUCGAUGGCCUUUCCUCCUUCGAGAGCAUCGCCAUGGCUCCUGAAGAUCCGAUCCUCGGGGUUACUGUUGCUUACAAUAAGGACACCAGUCCCCUGAAACUAAAUUUAGGGGUUGGUGCUUACCGAACAGAGGAAGGAAAGCCGCUUGUUCUAAAUGUUGUGAGGCAAGCGGAGCAACUUUUGGUGAAUGAUAGUUCUCGCGUUAAAGAGUAUCUUCCAAUUACUGGUUUGGCAGCAUUCAAUAAAUUAAGUGCUAAGCUCAUUCUUGGCUCUGAUAGCCCAGCAAUUCAGGAGGGGAGGGUAGCAACUGUGCAAUGUCUAUCUGGCACUGGUUCAUUGCGAGUUGGUGGUGAAUUUCUUGCAAAACAUUAUCACCAGCGCACCAUUUACAUUCCACUACCAACAUGGGGAAAUCAUCCAAAAGUCUUCAAUAUGGCAGGUUUAUCAGUAAAAACUUACCGGUAUUAUGAUGCUUCUACUCGUGGGCUAGACUUUCAAGGCCUUCUUGAGGAUCUUAAUGCUGCACCAGCAGGAUCUAUUGUUCUUCUGCAUGCAUGCGCUCAUAAUCCAACUGGAGUUGAUCCACUUCCUGCUCAAUGGGAAGAGAUCAGAAAAUUGAUUAGAGCAAAGGGACUGCUACCUUUCUUUGAUAGUGCCUAUCAGGGGUUUGCUAGUGGAAGCUUAGAUGAAGAUGCACGGUCUGUUCGAAUGUUUGUUGCAGAUGGCGGUGAGUGUCUUAUUGCUCAGAGUUAUGCAAAGAACAUGGGGCUUUAUGGAGAGCGUGUUGGAGCACUCAGCAUUGUUGUGAAGUCAAAUGCUGUUGCUGUCAGGGUGGAGAGUCAGCUGAAACUCGUUAUCAGGCCCAUGUAUUCCAAUCCACCAAUUCAUGGAGCCUCCAUAGUAGCAACUGUUCUAGGCAACAGUGAAAUGUAUAAUCAGUGGACAGUUGAGUUAAAAGCAAUGGCAGAUCGGAUCAUUAGCAUGCGUCAGAAGCUUUUCGACGCUUUACGUGAAAGGGGUACUCCUGGCGAUUGGAGUCACAUUAUCAAGCAGAUCGGGAUGUUCACCUUCACAGGAUUGAACUCAGAGCAGGUGGUGUUCAUGACUAGGGAGUACCACAUUUACAUGACAUCAGAUGGGCGUAUCAGCAUGGCAGGAUUGAGCUCGAGGACUGUUCCUCAUCUUGCUGAUGCUAUACAUGCUGCAGUCACCAAAAGUGCCUUAUGAUCGCAAGUGAAGCUACUCAGAUUAAUAAGGCAGAGUAUUUUGACUCCAUCGCCAGGGUUCCCUACAUGUUUAGGAUUAUUAAUAGGAAGAGAACUUGGACCGGUUUCUUACGGACCUCCUAAGAUACGCAGCAUCUGAAUUUUUGCCGGAAGCAUUUUGUUUUUGCUUCUCAUAUGUGGCAUGCACUUCUAUUUACAAUUUGUUGCCUCUGGGAAACCUUCUGUAUCGGGACAUAGGAUGUCGUGGGGGUUGACGCAACGAACGCUGUUUGUUAAAAACAUCUGAUGCAUGAGUUUUAGUGAAGAUGUUUUUGCCUUUGUUUGUGAGGCA